GUUCCACUCCGCUUGGAGCAGCUUGUGUCCGCGUAGUGAAUUGUAUUGUGCUCAAGUGUGCUUCUUGAUCAGUGAAUUUUGGUUUCCGUUAACAUUGCGGUUUAAUUGUAAACAGGAAAACACUCGGUUUUCGCUUUGAAAUGUUACCAACCCCCGGUAUUUUGAAUAGCAGCUUGUUUCUAUGCUUUUUGUUACUGUAUUUCUUGCAAGUGGACUCCAUACACACCGAAGAGGGUUUGGAGCUCUUAUUUCGGGAAAGAUCACAAUCGGAUUGGGAAAAUGUCUGGCAUCAGGAGACACAUUCACGCUGUCGCGACAAAUUGAUACGUCAACUGUUCUGGGCCUGUGAGAAGGACAUUUAUCGACUGACAAGACGCAAUCGCAAACGUACGGACGAUGAAGCAAUGCAUAAAAGGAGCAAACCCAUCGCACGUACCUGGCUGAAAUUGGAUUAUGUCAACACGCUGUUGCGCACACGACGCGCCGAUGCGCCCUCGAUUACAAAUGAGUGUUGCACUAAGGUCGGCUGCACCUGGGAGGAAUAUGCCGAGUAUUGCCCCUCGAACAAGCGUCGCAAUCACUACUGAGAUGAGGAGGAGACCAAGGCGCGUGGCAAAGUGGGUUAAUGAAUAAGGAAAAAUGAGACUUAAGAUAUGCAACAUCAGGAAGAAUAGGUUCAACCCGAAUAAUGAAGAUGAUCAUAUACAUAUGUAUUUGGUUAAAACAAGUUAUUUUCAAAUAUACGCCAGCUGUUAUAUAAGAUAUACAAAUAUUAUGUGCGAUUGAUUAGAAAAAAGUUGUUGUAAAAAUAAUAUAAAAUCUUAACGAAAUGCUUGUAAAAUAUUAUAGAUAAAUACUCAUAGUUACAUGUAUGUAUGUAUACAAAGGCAUUGUAUAAAUGUAUGUAUGUAUAAUGAAUUGUUGUGUUUGCAUCAAAUAAAAAGUAUAUAUAUUUUGUUUUCUACUCGAUGGUGAAGAAAUGUGGUAACAAAAAGUGGGUAAGGUGGAACAAAGCGAAAAAAUGAUAACUUAAAAAAAUGCGGUUUCGCAAAUGACUCGAAACGCGCACGAGCAACAAUUUUUAUUCUUAUUUGUCAUAAAGUAGUACAAACAGAUGCGUAGAGAGAAAACCGUGACCCGGGGAGGAUAUAGGAAUCGAACCCCCUGAUCCAUCAAUUUUUUGGAGAAAAAAAUUCGCAAAAUAUUGUUGCACAGCACCGAGCCGCCUUAAGAACUUCGGGCUCGGUAGGAAUUGAUCCCGAUCUCG